AGUAGGACUAUGGAGGAGCUGGUUCACGAUCUGGUCUCAGCACUGGAAGAAAGUUCAGAGCAAGCCAGAGGAGGUUUUGCUGAUACUGGAGAUCAUUCUCGAAGUGUGUCUUGCCUUCUAAAGCGACAGGCAAGGAAAAGGAGGGGACGAAAAAGACGUUCGUUUACUACACAUCAUCCCUGGGAGACUGGACAUUGCUUAAGUGAAGGUUCUGAUUCCAGUUUAGAAGAGUCAAACAAAGACUACAGGGAGAAUCAUGCUAAUAAGAAAGACCACAGUGACUCUGAUGACCAGUUGUUGGUGGCUAAACGUAGGCCUUCCUCAAACUUAAAUAACAUUAGAGGCAAAAGACCUCUGUGGCAUGAACCAGAUUUGGCUGUUGACAGUUUGGGAAACAGAACUUUACGCAGAAGAAGAAAGGUAAAACGGAUGGCAAUAGAUCUGCCAGCAGAAGUCUCUAAUGCACUGACAAUAACUCAACAGCAGGAUAACAGCAGAGAUCAAGAAAUGGACAAUAACAAUAAAUCAUACCAACACCAAGAGUUUGCCAAGAGCAAAGUGAAAAAAAGAAAAGUAGCUGCAGCUCGACAAGGAUCAGAAAUUUUGGAUGAAGGAGUAGUUAUAGAAAAUGAAGAAGUGAACCAGGCAAAUAAGGACAAAAUGGAAUAUGAGGAGCAAAAAGGCUCAGAUGAGAACAUGAGUGACAGUGAAUCCAGCAGUCUGAGCAGCAGUGAUGCUGGUUUGUUUACCAAUGAUGAGGGAAGACAAGGUGAUGAUGAGCAGAGUGAUUGGUUUCACGAAAGUGAAUCUGGUGGAGCGUGUGGAAUUACGGGUGUCAUUCCCUGGUGGGAACAAGAAGACUCUGCAGAACUGGAGAGAGAAUUGCCUGAUCCAGUCUUUGAAAGUAUCUUAACUGGCACUUUCCCUCUCAUGUCCCGUUCAGGGAGGAGAGGUUUCCAGAAUAGAUUUCAUCUUCAUGGAAUGCCAGCAAGAAACAUCAAAAAGGCUUCAGGAAACCAGAAUGCAGUG